GACGGUUGGAAUGCCCAAUGAUCGCCGCGUCUUGGUCCCGGUGCGGAACUCACCGAGCCAAUCGACGGCAACGGCGGGCGGGCGCGGGAGACUAGGCGGUGCGGCGGAGGCGGAGCGGGCGCUGCGGCAGGAGGGAAGAUGGCGGACGAGGAGAAGCUCCCUCCCGGCUGGGAGAAGCGCAUGAGCCGCAGCUCAGGCCGUGUGUACUACUUCAAUCACAUCACUAAUGCCAGCCAGUGGGAGCGACCCAGCGGCAACAGCAGUGGUGGUGGCAAAAAUGGGCAGGGGGAGCCUACCAGGGUUCGCUGCUCUCACCUGCUGGUCAAGCACAGCCAGUCACGACGACCCUCGUCCUGGCGGCAGGACAAAAUCACCCGAACCAAGGAGGAGGCCCUGGAACUGAUCAACGGGUACAUCCAGAAGAUCAAGUCGGGAGAGGAUGACUUUGAAUCUCUGGCCUCACAGUUCAGUGACUGCAGCUCGGCUAAAGCCAGGGGAGAUCUGGGUGCCUUCAGCAGAGGCCAGAUGCAGAAGCCAUUUGAAGACGCCUCGUUUGCGCUGCGGACAGGGGAGAUGAGCGGGCCGGUGUUCACAGAUUCCGGCAUCCACAUCAUCCUGCGCACCGAGUGAGGCCGAGCACAGCCUGGGCCC